AUGGCUACCGACGAGCGCCAAGUGUCAAACUCCAAGACGGUGUUGUUGUCAAUAGUCGUGGGCUUCAAACGGCCCAUGUACGAUGGAAUCCAAGGGAUAUGUGAUGCUGAGAACGUAUUGCACGCCUGGACAUUGUCGCCACGCGUUGGCCUUAAAGUCUAA